CCACAAACAUGGCGAGGCUCAGUCUGUAGGCUGUGGUGGGAUAGUAAAGUUCCUGGGAAAUGUGGGUACCAGCUGACCUACAUGUCAUGGUGUUUCAGCAGCAGGGCUGAGAAGGCGCCUGUAUAUUAAUCAGUCGCUCAGUAACGGUCUGACUGCAGCAGCUCCAUCAUGGUCCGUGAGUGUUUUGUCAAAACGUGCUGUAAUAAACAAAAGACUUGGUCGGCUACGAUGUUUCACCGCCUUCCGCUGAGGGACGAGAAGCGGCUGAAGCUGUGGCUCACCGCCCUCGGGGUGGACACCAGCACUCCGGUGGAGAAGCUCAAAGGGAAGGUGAUCUGCGAGGAGCAUUUCCAGCCCUGUGAUUACUACGAGAAGAUGGAGCUGGCGACCCGGACUAUGAGGCGUUUUCUGAGGGACACGGCGGUGCCGUCAGUCGGGGUUGUCAAGCCUCCUGAACGAACUGGGGUCCAGGACUGUAGCCCCAAGGAUGAGCCAAGUCCAGCCCUUAGACUCGCCGAUCAACAGCAUUCAACAUCAUCAUCAUCCUCAUCAUCCUGUACCAUCUUGGCUCCGAGGACGAGGAGUGAAGGGAGACGUCAGAAGGUGUUUUCCGAAAAAGAAAAUACACCUACUCCACUCUCAACAUGUUCCGAGGUGGAAGAGAAAUCGUGGCGUAAAGCUGUCAAGAGCCUUCAGACGUAUCAUGGAACUAACAUUUUUAAGUGUAAUGAGGUGUUGGUGAACACAGAGUGUUUGCUGGAGCUCUUCCAGUACUGCUCACUCUGUCAGAUAGAGAGCUGCAUUACCAUUGAGGGCAAUGAAAGGCAGUUUUCAAUUACCCAGGACUGCCAGAGCUGUGGUCACCACAGACAGUGGAGGAGUCACCCCACUCCUGCUGACGAACCUGCGGAGGCCUUAAAUGCGCAGCACAAAGACUCUGAGGGUGCAGCUUCAUGCCCAGAGGCGGAACACACACUAGAGCCUGGGGACGGGGAUAGCAAGGAGGUUGUGGUUCAGAUUGUGUCUUCAGAUAACGAGGGCACUGGACAGAACAGUGAGCAGAUGUUCAUCGAAAAAGAGGGGUCGUAUUUAUCGAGCACUGAAGACGAAUCAAGCGAGCAGGAAGAAGUGGAGAAAAAGAAAAAAGGAAAGAGGAAGUCUAAGAAGCAGGACAGUUCGGAUGAGUGGGAACCACAUUUGGACGAAGCGGCCGCAGACUCCGAUGUAUCCGUGGAUGAAGACAGCACUUUAAUAGAGGAUGGUCAAGGUAAGGUUGUGAUGUGGUGCACAGUCUGCAGGACUGACGCUACGCUCUCCUGUUCCCUCCAUCGCCACAAAAAAGUGUUCGCCUGUGCCCAGUGCGGCGCUGGUGACGACGUCGAGACCCAUCAUUUUGAUAAACUACUUGUUCACUUUGAUGACUUUGCCAGCUUUCAGAAACAUGCUGAAAAGGAGCAUGGAGCCAAACCAUUUCGCAAGCUCUGCCAGGAAUGUGGCAAGCUUAUUUUAGCAGAACCCAAAUCCAGCGGUAGUAAAGAUCAUAUAUGUGAACACAAGACCAAACCUAUCGUCUGUCCAGAGUGUGGGAAAAGAUUCCUUACCGAAGUUGGCCUAAAGAGACAUUUCAGUAAGCUCCAUAAGGACGCUGACCACCCGUGCAAAUACUGUUUGAAGCUCUUCACGAACAGGCCAUCAAAGCUGGAGCAUGAGCAGACCCAUCCGAAGGAGAAACAGCCAUACAGCUGUCCAGACUGUCCAGAAAAGUUCGACAACAUUUACAAACGCAACACCCACCUCAAGCUCCAUAGAGGUCCAUGUAAGUAUGCCUGUGACACUUGUGGGAAGCGCUUCAGGGACAUUAUCAAGCUGAAGAGACAUAAACUCAUUCACUCUGGAGAAAAGCCCUUCAGGUGCCAGGUGUGCGAUCGUUCCUUCAACCAAAUUGGAAAUCUCAGCUCCCACAUGCGUCUCCACACCGGGGAGAAGCCCUUCAUGUGUGAGCAGUGUGGAGAGUGUUUCAAUCACAACGUCAGCCUGAAGAACCACCUGAUGCGAUAUCAUUAUUCUGGAGAUAAACAGUGCCAAAGUGAUGCGGAGAACAGGGCACUGAAUAGAGGUGGAUGUUGAACUUUGGAUAAAGUAUAGCACCUUUAUCAGGAUGCACUCAGCAGAACAAUAGACAAUUCAGCUACUAUGAGGUUUUUUCCAUCUCAUCUUUGAGUUAUCUGUAAUUUUAACACUGGCUCUUGACUGAAUCAAUAGCGAGGGAGCCAUACUCUUUAAAGAGACUGAAUGUGCCAUACCAUGAAACAAAACACUCAACACUCCACUACAUCCAAUCAAACCAGACUAAGUAUGGUCUUUUAGUAAUGAAACAUGCAGUUUGUCAGUCUUCUUUAUGUACUGAUGACGUCCAUUAUAUGCUCAAAGUGUAUUGUGGUGUAGUUGCCUACCCCUAGUCACUGGUGUGAGUGAUUCCAUGCUCAUUCACAAGAUGACAGUAUAGAAUGUUUUGACACUACUUUAUCACACGUCUUGGAACUGUAACUUAUUUUAAAGCUCUUUGAGCAUCUUCAGGCUGUGUGACUGCAAUUAAUUCCCCACUCCAGGUUGGCUUAAUCAUGCAUGUAAAGAAUAAAUGAUGCUGGAAAAGCAUAAAUUGGCCCAAAUUUCAACUUAACCCCUUCAUCUUAAAAAAUGUGUAACGCCUUUCACGUCGCUACGCAACAGUUCUCGAAUUUGUGAGUAUUGAAAAAUGCCGGUGUGUUCUGUAGAUUGUUGUAAAAUCUAUGGUAUUUUUUUGUUUUAUCAAUUGAUUGUACCCAGGCUUUAUCGUAUGGAUUGUGAGAUGCAGAUAAAAUUUGCAUGCAGAUAAAAAUCUGUCUGAACCACCAAAUUGUAAAAGAUUUAUCCAAACCUAUUUAAGAACAAAUGGUUAUGUUUGCUUAUGCAGCCCCCAAUAUGUACAUUUAAAUGACUCCAGGUGGUUGAAAUGAAGGAAUUAAGGCCACACACUGUUUCUUCUGGCAACUUUAAGGCCUUUAGACAGUUUGUGAGAAUGUUUUUUUUGUGCUUAUAUGCAACAGUUCACCAUCUAAGCACAUUAUUCUUAAUCAUUUUCAUUAAAAUUGUUAACUCUU